UGUUACCAAAAUAUGUCAAAUGACCUUGCUAGUUUGUAAACAAUACUUUGGUAAAGAGUUCACUUUAAUAUAAGUUUACUGUUUUGUUACUAAAUUCUUAUUGAAGUGAGUCAGUUUAUUAAGGCUUUGAAGUGGCGGGUAAUAAGCACAAAAUGAACAUCGAUUUCGAGACUAUGGCAGUUGUGGAAGAAGAAUCUCAAAACGAAUCCCUCGGCGGCGGGGUGUACGGUUCGACAGGGGCGUCAGGGGCGGAAGGCGGGGAGCGACGCGAGGGGGGCAAACGCGGCCGAAGACCUGGCAGAAAAGCACAACUCGACAAACAGGACAUGAAGGCUAAACUGGAGCGCAGCCGACAAUCAGCGCGCGAGUGCCGCGCCCGCAAGAAGCUGCGGUACCAAUACCUGGAGGAGCUGGUGGCGGACAGGGAGCGGGCUGUCAUAGCGCUCAGGAAGGAACUCGAUAAGUACUACAAAUGGAACCUCGAGCUAGAUCAGGGGCGUAUGCCGGAGGGGCUCGAGGCAGUUAUCCAAGAGCUGGGCGUGGAUAAGCAGGAGGAGGCCAAACAGUUCUAGACGCAGCGGCAGGUAAAGGGUUGAGCGGUAAUAAACAUCUGAAAUGUUAGCAGGGUUAAAAAAUAAUUUCUUGGAUCGACACGAGGAAGAUU